AUGCAGACCACCAAGGCACUGAUCAUUUCUUUAGUUCUGAUCCACUCCUAUACCAGGGGUCUAAUUAGGCCUGUGUCUGCCUCCCCCUGAGUAGACCAGAGGCCCAUUUAAGAGCUCUUGUAUAGCAGCUCUCUGCUCCAGGUGGACAGAUGGAAAUUCCAGACCAGUGUUAUUUCCCAGGGCAUCAACACAGCAGCCAAGUUUAUUGGAGUUGGUGCUGCCACAGUUGGUGUGGCUGGAUCAGGGACUGGCAUUGACACAGUGUUUGGUAGCUUGGUUACUGACUAUGCCAGGAACCCAUCUCUCAAGCAACAGCUCUUCUAUGCUAUUCUGGGUUUUGCCCUAUCUGAGGCCAUGGGGCUCUUGUGUUUGACGGUUGCUUUCCUCAUCCUCUUCACCAUGUGA